GAGCGAGAUUUGGACAGAGAGGAGGAAGGGAGGGGGGAUUUAAAGGGCAAGAAACGGAGGGAGAUUUAGAUAGAGUCUACAGAGUGAGAGUGAGGGAAGAGAGCCAGCGCAGAGCAGGAGCCAAGGCGGUGGAUGGGAGAAGAGAAGAGGAAAGGCAUUGACUGGAAGCGUACACAUGGGAGAGAAGAAAACGACUAUUUCAUGUGCUUGGUGUGCAUGACUGAGGAGUGUGGCUGCCUGUCUGGAUUGUUAGUCAUCUGCUUCCCCGCUGCUAAAGGACAUACAGAGAAACAUAGGCAGGCUGGGGAUAUAGGGCUGUGUGCAGAGGAUGAACAGGCUGUGUGGGCUCUCUUGCUGUGAUCGCUGUCCUCAGACCCUGUAGUCACUUGCGCUGGUGCUGUUGCAGGCCGUUAAGCCUUGCAGUAAGGCAGCAGCGGUCAGAGUGAUUGAUACAGAAUGAGCUCCAAGCACUCCUCCGACUGGAUUCCCUACAGCACUUUAGAUGAUGAGGGCACUAACCUCCGGCAGCAGAAACUGGACAGGCAGCGAGCGCUGCUUGAACAGAAGCAGAAGAAGAAGAGACAGGAGCCUCUGAUGGUCCAGUCUAAUGUGGAUGGGAGAUCCCGGACCCGCCGGACCAAACAGAGCGAGGAGCAGGCUCCGCUGGUGGAAUCCUACCUCAGCAGCAACAGCAGCACCAUUUACCACGUGCAAGAAGCUGAACAGGAGGAGGUGAAGGUGAUGGCGGACACACAGCCGCCUCGCUCAGCCAAAAAAGGCAAAGCAUCUGCCAGCUCCACUCCACAGACAGGCAGCGAGAAGAAGGAGAGGAAGGGGAAGCACAAAGCAGGGAUCGAUGGCCUGUCCUCUCAGCAAGACGACGGUCAGAUCCAGAUCCUGACGGUCGGCCACCUUACCUCAGACGAGGGGGAGGGCGAGCCCGUCAUGAGUUGCACUCAGUCUCAGAGUAAACAGGACCUCCGGGUGACCAUGCUCAAGAAAGGUAUUUCCAGCAGUAUGAAUUUCGAUGAGGAAGAGGAUGAUGAGGAUGAAAUCAGCUCCAGUUCUUCACAGCUCAACAGCAACACGAGACCAGGCUCUGCCACUAGCAAGAAAUCAUGCAAGGAGGUGGCCUCAGCACCCACUCCGCCAGUCAACGAACCUGCCAUCGAUGUAGACGAUCUUGAAGAGUUUUCUCUGCGACCAGCACCCCAGGGUGUCAGAGUGAAAUGCAGAAUCACCAGAGAUAAGAAGGGCAUGGACAGAGGCAUGUACCCCACCUACUACCUUCACCUGGAGAGAGAGGAUGGCAAGAAGGUUUUCCUCCUGGCUGGAAGAAAGAGAAAAAAGAGUAAAACAUCAAAUUACCUCAUCUCCAUCGAUCCCACUGAUCUGUCUCGAGGUGGAGAGAGCUUCAUUGGUAAAUUGAGAUCAAACCUCAUGGGGACAAAGUUUACUGUGUACGACAGUGGUCUGAACCCUAUGAAGAGCACCACCAGCCUUGAAGCUAGCAACCUGCGCCAAGAGCUAGCAGCCAUUUGCUAUGAAACCAAUGUUUUAGGAUUCAAAGGUCCUCGCAAAAUGAGUGUCAUCAUUCCUGGAAUGAACAUGGACCAUGAGCGAGUGUCAAUUCGCCCACGAAAUGAGCAUGAGUCACUUCUUGCCAGGUGGCAGAACAAGAACACAGAGAGUGUGAUUGAACUUCACAACAAGACGCCCGUGUGGAAUGAUGACACACAGUCCUAUGUGCUCAACUUCCACGGCAGAGUCACUCAGGCGUCUGUCAAGAAUUUCCAAAUCAUUCACGACAACGACCCUGACUACAUUGUGAUGCAGUUUGGCCGUGUGGCAGAGGACGUCUUCACCAUGGACUAUAACUAUCCAAUGUGUGCCCUGCAAGCCUUUGCCAUUGCUCUUUCCAGCUUUGACAGCAAGUUAGCUUGUGAAUAGAUCCCAGCCUGAAGUUCAGUGGAGAACUGGUCCAUCUGUCCUCUCAACAAGGGCUGUUACAGUGUCCCUGGGGCUGGUUUGUCGCCAAAUCAACCCUGGAGUUGCUGCAUAUCCCAAAAUGCUUUAUGGGCCUCAAGUUUUGUGUGAAUGUGUGUGCGAGUGGGGGAUGGGUUGGGACCGUGGGAUGGAUCUGGUCAAUGGGAGGAAACAAGCACAAAUGAAACCUACUUUCAAAAUCAGACUCACUUGUUUUAAUAACUAUGGUUAUUUUGUAAUGUAAUGGCAUUAUAAGAACAAACACUGUUCCUUUAUGUAGUGGUUAGAAAAAAAAUUAACAUUUCUUUAUCUGUAAAUUAUAACUAACAGUUACACAUCUGUAAGUUUUAAAGGUUAAGUGGGUUUUACGUAGUCUGCCACAUAAAAACACAGUCAUACACUUCCCCCAGCAUGAAUAUUGCUUAUACAGAAUUAAAAAUAACAUGCACGUCACUGUAUAUUUAUUUUGUUAUUUAUGUAUUUAUUACAUGUUGAUUUUAUUUUAUGUUGUCAUACAGUAUUUGCUCCGUGGAGCUGCAAGCACAUAAAAUAUCAUCCUAAAAAGAAGAAUCUCUCACACAAAACAAUUUGCUACAUGGACAUGAACAGGGCAAGGGCAUGUUACACUGUGCUGUGUACCAUAUACAAUAUUGUGUCACAGUGUCAUGUAUGUGAAUGUAUAGGAUAAUGGUGCACUUUACUUUAAAGUCUGUUGUGGAUGAGACAUAGCUGUACAUACUUUAUUGUGCCUUUGAAGACUAAUUCCAGUGUUACGCUUUGACCGUAAAAUGAGCUGAGCUUGAAUUGGUCUUUGCUGUUCUUGCUGUUCUCUCAUGCAUUGGAGGUCUUUCUCUGUAGCUCCUCUGGCUUAAGAUAACUACUACACCAUGCAUUUAGACUGAUCCAAACUUCCAAAAGUGCACAUCACUGGAAAUUGUUUUAGUGACUGUCCACACAUAUCUGAAUUACUUUUAGGAUUUUAUUCCUCUAAGGAGGUCAAUAAAUGUUUCAGUACACUAUACCAAGCAACAGAUACAAUUUUCAUGGCACUCGGGCUUUUAUGCUCAUGUAUUCUGAUGUCUCCCUAGUGAAAAAAACUAACUGAACACAGACUGACUUACUGCCAACAAACAUAAACUACUAGUACAAAUCUGCUGCAGCUUAAACUUGCACAUCUCUGGCUUUUUACAUCUUUGAUUAAUUUUAUGCUCCACUGGUGUGGGGUUUGGUACAUUCCUCAUCUGACUGGCAGUAAGUUUCUAUAUCAUAUUGGGGUUUAUUGCUGUGUCACAUUUUUACUCUAAAUAUAAGUCCUCUAGCUCCUUCUGGGGCAAUGUCCUUUCUCAAUGAUAGUAUUUUGUAUUUUAUGACCAUCAAAAAAAUUGCUGAAUGGAAGCAAAGAACAAUCUCUGAUACCGCUAUUGUUACUGUGGGUUAUGAGGGAAUCUUUAUCAAAUGUGCUAUUCUUGUACUCAACUGUGUUCUAACUAUUUUAAAUUUGUAUCUCAAAAAUGUUGAUACUUUUGCUGUAAAGUCUGCUUUUCAUACAUGUGUCCAGGAACCAAAGGUUCUUUCAUUUUCUGUUUCUUGUGCACUCGUUGUGAUGUACAGUAAAUGGUGUACAAUUUUACUGUGGUGGUAUAGACACAGUCUUUUGAUCAUGGAAAAAUAAAACUUCAGUCAAAACA